ACAGAUCUAUUACUAUGGGCGGAAACCUGUCAAACAACACCAUCAGAAAGCGAUUUUACCACUUUCUCUCUUUUUAAGACUUCGUGGACUUUAUACAGCUCUCUUUACAGUUAGCCACGAUUGUGUUUACGUGCCCACCCAGGAACAUUUCUUGCUAAACCGCUUCAUUUCCGUAGCUCCGCGGGUAUUUGAUCCUUCCUCUGCCGGUGUGUGUCAAAGGCCCUGACCGGUAAAAGCUGCAGGGAUGUCCCACAACGACGGCUCGGCUAUUGGCCUCUUGUCUUACGAGACAUUGGUGCAUGCCGUGGCCGGGGCAAUGGGCAGUGUGACAGCAAUGACAGUGUUCUUCCCGUUGGACACAGCCAAGAGCAGACUGCAGGUGGAUGAGAAACGAAAAGCCAAAUCUACCCCAAUCAUCUUGGCUGAAAUAGCAAAGGAAGAAGGCCUACAGUCACUGUACAGAGGAUGGUUCCCUGUUAUCUCAAGCCUCUGCUGCUCAAACUUUGUUUAUUUCUACACCUUUAACACCCUCAAAAGGGUUAUGGUUGCAGGCCCACAAAGGUCUAGACCUGGUAAAGAUCUGCUCAUGGGCAUCAUAUCAGGUGCAGUGAAUGUAAUCCUGACCACACCCAUGUGGGUGGUCAACACGAGACUCAAGCUACAGGGAGUGAAGUUUAGAGACGAAGACCUCCACCAGACUCAUUACAAGGGCAUAUUCGAUGCAUUUUCACAGAUCAUCGCUAACGAAGGAGUAGUAACCCUGUGGAAUGGCCUUCUGCCCUCUCUUAUCCUUGUCAUGAACCCUGCUGUACAGUUUAUGAUUUAUGAGGCCAUGAAGAGAAGAGCAGGCAAAGGCGGAAGAAAGAUUUCUUCAGCUGAAAUCUUUCUCAUUGGAGCUAUUGCUAAGGCCAUUGCUGCCACAGUGACAUACCCACUUCAGACAGUUCAGGCUAUUCUGAGGUUUGGUCAGUACAAGGGUGAUGGUAAAGGCGGUCUCCUGGGAAGCCUCUCAAACAUUAUAUCUUUGUUUCUGGACAGAAUAAAGAGCCAUGGUGUUUUGGGGCUGUACAAAGGGCUUGAGGCCAAACUGCUUCAAACGGUACUCACUGCGGCUCUGAUGUUUGUAGUGUAUGAAAAGAUCACUGCUGCAACAUUCAGAGUCAUGGGCAUAAAGCGGAAACUCAAGUGAUGUCCACAUGGCCAAGUGAAUAAAGUGAAAAGUUU